AUGAAAUUCUGUGCGUGUUCACCUUCAUCAGGAGACGGAGGCCGGCCCUUCCUGGACAUCGUGGACGCGCAGUGGCGCUGUGAGGGGGAGCUGGUGCCACUCGGCUCAGACAGGCUCAGCCCUCGGGAGUUCCUCGUGUAUCAGCACGGCCUGUACCUGCUGGGCCUGCUGCGCACACACACGCAGGUUCCGGAGAUCACCUUACAGCUGGCCGCCAGCCUGCCCGCAAACGACUACACCCACAAUGCCUUCCGGCACUCCUUCUUCUACCAGGAGGCUGAGAAGACCCUGUUCGUGCGGCGGCAGCGUCUGCAGGGGGUGGGCGGCUUCUCCCUGCUGCUCCUGCACUGCCUGGCUCACAUCGCCAGCGGGGAACUGAGCCCCGACUCCAGCCCCAACUUCCUCAGGGCCUUCUUCCAGACCCUGCAGGUGUGUCUCGGUGAGCUGUUCCUCCUCAGGCUGGUGGCGCCCCAAGGUGAGAGUGGGGACACCCCUUCCUCUCUGCGGGACAUCCUGCUCAAGGAUGAGUCUUGCAGCCCGGACUCCCGCGCUGCCCUCUCCGCUCUCCUGCAGGACAGGGUGCAGGGGCACCUCUCCUCACCACAGCGCCUGGCAGACCGCCUGCGGGAGUACAGCGAGACGCGCAUCUACCGCGGCGUGGAGGGCCUGCUGAGAGAGAGGACGGCCGAGACGAGGAGGGGGUACCGCCGACGCGGGACCGGAGGCGGCUCCGUCCCGCCACCAGCGGCGGCAGCACCUCCGCGCCCGGGCCGGGAGGAGCACCAGGAGCCCCUGUCCAGUCUGCUGCGCGCCCAGCGGGAGCGGGGGGCCGGGGGGUCCCGGGAGGAGCUGCUGCGGGACAUUGCGCGGCUGGAGACGGAGUGCGGGCUGGGGGAGUCGGGGGGAGGCCCCCCGCACCCCUCCAGCCUGAGUCAGCCGCUCAGGGGCCAGCCCGGGAACGAGGAUCAGGGGCCUCACCAGAAAGGAGGGACGUCUGCACCUCAGUGAAAGGACUGCUCAUCCUACAGAACUGUUUCCAAACGGGGGCUCACUCCCAUACCCCACAAUGUUCUUAUCACAGUGACCACCAUCACCCUGAUAAACUUACAAAAGCUGCCCGACUGAGGUGACAGUUACAUAAACAUCAGCCAUUCAGCUUUGGAAUAAAAUACCAGCUGUUCACUUUAAGGUAAACACCUUGCCUGUGCGUUGGUAAAUGAUUAAUGGGGUCAAAACACC